UAACAUGAAUUAUUUACAACGUUAGCAUUGAGGAGAAGACAACAAGAAGGGCGCAGACUGGAUGCUGACCGGCUGGAGUUGAAUUAUACAAGAUCAAACACCACAACAUCUUUGACUUGAUAACGGUUUUUGUUUAACAUCGAAAAUCCAUUAUGGGUAAUGAAUAUUCCCUUCCUGCUGACAUGGUCACACACUUUGACUCUGAUGAAAUUAGAAGACUAGGUAAAAGGUUUAGAAAGCUUGACUUAGAUGGCUCAGGGACACUGUCUGUUGAAGAGUUUAUGUCACUUCCUGAAUUACAGCAGAAUCCACUUGUGCAAAGGGUGAUAGAAAUCUUUGAUACUGAUGGCAACAAAGAAAUAGACUUCAAAGAAUUUAUCGAAGGAAUCUCCCAGUUCAGUGUUAAAGGUGACAAGAACUCAAAACUAAGAUUUGCAUUUCAAAUCUAUGACAUUGAUCAAGAUGGGUAUAUAUCUAAUGGUGAAUUAUUUCAAGUUCUCAAAAUGAUGGUUGGGAAUAACUUAAAAGAAGUUCAGCUGCAACAGAUUGUUGAUAAAACUAUUUUGCAAUUUGACAAAGAUGGUGAUGGUAAAAUAUCUUUUCAAGAAUUCUGUGAUGUGGUUGCAAGCAUGGAUGUUGAUAAGAAAAUGGUGGUAGAUGUUUAGCCUAUUUGCCUUGAAAUCUGGCAACCUGUUUGCUUUUUGAUAGUUUAUUUGAAUCUGGCAGAACGAUUUGAUUUAAUGUGCUGUAAAGAACCAAUGAGAUUUUCAAGAAGCACUAAUAUAGAGUACUGUUCUUAAAAGGGAUUUCUGUAACUUCAACAGUAGAGCCAUCAACAGUAGUAAAUUAUGCCUCACUUAUCACUGUCCUUAACAACACUAUGAGAAAAUUAUUUUGUAUCCAUAAUUCUUGCAUCUCAAGUAUCAGUAUUUAUUUAUGUGGUAGAGUUGUAUGCUGGGCUAGGCUAGUGAAUCCUGGGCAAGUGAAAAUCCUUUCUUAUUAACAAAAAUCAAAUUAUUUGGAAAAUUUGAUAUUUUGACAGACUUUGGCUCAAGGCUUUGUUUAAGCAAUAUUUAUGAUUGAUUAGGAUAAUAAAUUUAUGUUCUAUAUCUCUAGGCUUUGGCUUUUAUAAAGAAAGUUGGUUACAUUCCCCUAUAAUAAGCUAGCAUUCAUCAUUUUUUCUUAUUUUUAUCAUCAAUGAAGACAAACAAAUUUGUCAAUGCUUAGUAUAAAAUCCUCCUUAACAUUCCAUCCCUAUAUUCUAUUAUUGUUGCAUAGUUACAUCUUGUUACAUAGAUAUUGUUAUUGUCAAUGGUGGCACAUUUCAUGUAAGGAUAAUACAAUGCUCCUUUUUGCCAUGGCAAAACUUGCAAUGAAAGUAACCGUAGCCAUGUAACAAUUGUGAGUAAUGUGUUGGUGUGAAUUAGCCAGCCUUACCAAAUUUUAUAUAUUGCUUCAUAAGGUUUUGUUGAAAAGCUUUUUAUCGACCAACAACAAUGUGCUCAUUCAUAUAUGUAUAUUUUGCAUCACUGUCUUAUUCCAAAAUGUA